CGAGUAAUCCGUGUCCCACAGGACAAACGUGUACACUGUAUACCAACAACUACGCCUGUACAUGUCCUACUGGCUACACUGGCAGCGACUGUAGUAUUUAUAAUGGUUGUGCGAGUAAUCCGUGUCCCACAGGACAAAUGUGUACACCGUAUACUAACAGCUACGACUGUACAUGUCCUACUGGCUACACUGGGAGCAACUGUAGCAUUUAUAAUGGUUGUGCGAGUAAUCCGUGUCCCACAGGACAAAUAUGUACACCGGAUACCGACAGCUACACCUGUACAUGUCCUACUGGCUACACUGGGAGCGAUUGUAGUAUUUAUAUUGGUUGUGCGAGUAAUCCGUGUCCCACAGGACAAACGUGUACACCGUAUACCGACAGCUACACCUGUACAUGUCCUACUGGCUACACUGGGAGCAACUGUAGCAUUUAUGAUGUUUGCAUGAGUAGCCCGUGUUCUUCAGGAUACAAUUGUACAUCGUUCACCAACCCAGAAAGGUACAACUGUACCUGUCCUACUGGAUACUCGGGGGAAGCCUGUAGUAUUCAUGAUGGAGUAAAUCAGCCCACAGAGAGCCCUCAAAGUGACACGCAACUUAUCAUCAUUAUUGUUGUUUGUAUGGCUGUAUUUCUACUUCUGAUCAUAGUUGUUAUUGUCAUCGUGUUAAGGAAGCGAAGGAAGAGUAGAAAUGAUGAUCCAAAAAAAGUUGUCGACGUAAUCGAACUCCCAGCUGUUGGAAUAAACAAGCCUGUGGUUCCAAAAAAGCCAUAUUCAAAUCGUGAAAAAGACCAUGGUAAUAUAAAUAGGCCUGAUGAAAGGGUGGAGGAAGAAGAAGUGGAGCUAGAGAUUGUCGAGAAAGAUGAAUUGCCAAUGCAGGCAUUUGAAUCACCCCCGAUUCCCGUUUCCUCCCUAUCUGAGUAUGUACGUACCAGAAAGGAAACUGGACAGCUUCGGAUAGAAUGGAAGAGCUUCCCGGAAGGUUUGAGAUUCCCAGCAACUGUAGCGCUGCAGAAGUGUAACCUGAAGAAGAAUCGCUACAAGAAUGUAGUUCCCUAUGAUCACAGUCGUAUUGUGCUUCAGUCCAGUCUUAAUGGUAGUAAACCCGGAUCAGACUAUAUUAAUGCGUGUUAUAUACAGGGUUAUAAUAAUCCACAGCGAUUCAUAGCAGCACAAGGCCCAAAUCAAACAACGGUGGAAGAUUUCUGGAAGCUUGUCUGGCAGGAGAACGUACAUAUGAUUAUUAUGCUGACGAAUCUAGUCGAGAUUGGCAAAAGGAAGUGUGUUCAAUACUGGCCAGACUCAUUUAGUGCGUUAUAUGGUGAAAUUGCGGUAACCUUCACCAAUGCUGUUGAACUAUCAAGUUAUGACAUAAAAACCUUCAAAGUAUACAAGGCAAACAGCCCAAAACGAACCCUUCAUCUUCUUCAUUACAAAACCUGGCCGGACAAAAAUGUUCCUCAGAACACUCAAGACGUCUCCAAAUUCAUUAGAGAAAUGAACACGUUACAGACGUACCACCACUUAGAAGGCCCUAUACUUGUACACUGUAGUGCUGGAGCCGGUAGAACUGGGGCAUUUAUAGCUAUUUGUGCAAUGCUGGACAUGGCCAAUGAAGAGCACUGUGUUGAUAUAUACAACUUUGUGAAAGAAAUGAGAAGCAGGCGACCAAACAUGGUACAAACAAGCGAACAGUACAUCUUCAUCUACGAGACGGUGUUGGACGAAUCUCUCUGCGGCAACACAUUAAUACCAGCAAUGAAGUUCAGGGCUCAAUUCGAGAGACUUCAAGCACAAAACCCAGAAACGGGGAAGUCUGACAUUAAUAACCAGUUUGAGCUUUUAGACAGUCUAUCACCCGUGUUUACCACAAACCAGAAAAGGAUUAGUAUGUCAGAGGAAAACAUGUCCAAGAAUCGAUAUAAAGACAAAGUCCCAGUGACUUCAAACCGACCGAUGCUUGCAGGUGGAGACAGAAUGUCAGACUAUAUUAACGCUUCAUUCUUUGAUAGUGCUUUAAAGAGGGACGCCUUUAUCGCCACACAAGCACCUUUGGAACACACGGUGGAUGAUUUCUGGAGAUUGGUGUAUGACUACGAAUGCUGUAAUAUCGUAUCUCUGACUGAUCCAAAAACUGAGGGUUUUGUGCAGUAUUGGUCAGAGCAAACAUUAGCUUUGCCGAACACCAUCGUAAAUUACAUUUCAAAAGAAGCCUACACCAAUAAUGUUACUAUGUGGAAUAUGAAGGUUGGAAAACUAUCAGACACAUCAAAUGUCGGUUCUACACAAGCCGUAAAGAUAUUUCAGUUUCACGCCUGGCCCAGAGGUAGCGAUGUUCCAACAUCUUGUCGAGCGUUACUGGACUUGAUAUCAGCCGUGCUUAAAGCCCAAGAAUCAUGUGAAAACAAACCUAUUCUCGUCCAGUGCAUGGAUGGGGUCGGUCGAUGCGGUACAUUCUGUGCUACGUUGGCAUGCCUACAAAGCCUGAAGCAAGUUCAAACGGUAGAUGUGUUCCAAGCUGUCCGCGUCCUGCGUCGAAACAGAACUGGUAUGGUGGAAACACAGGGCCAGUACGAGUUUAUAUAUGCAACGAUUCUUGAACAACUGAAUGCAUUUGACAUAUACGAAAACGUCAAACACACAUAUCAAGAAAACGAGGACGAAGGGGGAUAUGCGAACUAUGCAUACAGCAACUAACGUAUACGAAACCAGUUCACUAAAUAAACAGACCCAAAGUUGAUGAUUCUAUACAGAUCAACACACACACACUUAGUUUCUAUUCAUAUAUGUAUGUUUUGUUUUUGUAUUUUUGUUUGUUUUUUUUUCCAAAUUCAAAUUCAAAUAAUUUUAUUUCCAUUUAUCAGAACUCAGGACAAUACAAAUCGUGAAAUAAUUCAAGACAAUACAAAAUUGAAAAAAUAAUUAAGUAACAAUACACAAC